AAGAGGGUAAUGCAGAAGUGUCACACCUGGAAAUGUCACUCAUGUAGUAGCCUUCUCAUAAAGUUGUGGGUUCUCCCCAAUGCUCUUAUUCCUAAAAAUGGAGAAUGUAGAUCGAACAGUGGGCAACAUUUUGUCUGAAACGCCCUCUAUUGAAGAGCUGGAGGAUAUAUUACAUGGGGGUAAGCUGUCCUGUAACCAUGUCGAUGAAGUGUGGCCUAAUUUGUUUCUGGGGGACAUGUACAUGUCUCAUGACAGAUAUGGCCUAUGGAGACUGGGUAUAACUCAUGUUUUAAAUGCUGCACAUGGUAAAAUGUGUUGCAAAGGAAGAGAUGAUUUUUAUGGGACAACUGUGAAGUACUAUGGUGUUCCGGCCAAUGAUCUGCCUACAUUUGAUAUUUCACCUUUUUUCUACCCUUCAGCACACUACAUUAAUGAUGCUCUCAGCACUACAGAUGCUAAAGUGUUUGUGCAUUGUGCUGUGGGAGUGAGCCGUUCAGCUGCUCUGGUCUUAGCUUACCUAAUGAUUUAUUGCAAUUACUCUCUGGUGGAUGCCAUCUUGAAAGUGAAAGAAAGAAGAUGGAUCUUUCCAAACCGAGGAUUUCUGAAGCAGUUAAUAACUCUCGGCAAUGAAUUAAACCACAAGGCACAGUCAAAGUAGCUUGAUAUUCUUUAAACAAGCAUGCAAUUCAGAAAUCUGUAAAUUCAAACAUCUAAUAACAUUUAAACAGUACUCCUGCAGUGAUCAACAACAAUCAUCAUUAACAUAAUAAUAAACAAUUUCUGGUCUGUAUAAUCACAGCUUUGUGUUGUACUUUGGUUAAAU